AUGGAGAAGCCAGAGGUCCCAGAUGUCCCCGAUCCCGAUCUCGAAGACCCGGAUGUCCCCGCCAAACAGUCCAGUGUCGCCCAACGAUGGAAGCAGAACCUGUCGCCCUCACACGCAGACUUGGUCUGUCUGCUUCUCACUUUCCUCACCGGUCUAUGCGACAGUAGCGCCUAUAAUGCGUGGUCCUGCUUCCUGGGAAUGCAAACAGGAAACACCAUCUUCCUCGGUCUCGGUGCCUCAGGUCAACCCAACAACAAGCCAUGGGGCUGGCUCAAGUCCCUCGUCUCGAUCGCGUCAUUCUUCUUCGGCUCAAUGAUCUUCUCGAUAGCAAUGCGCACCGUCGGCUCCCUCCGUCGCGGAACCCUCUUCGUCUCAUUCUUCUCGAUCUUAUCCCCCCACACCUCCUCCGACGCCACCCUAACCGGCGGCGCGCUUUUCCUCGAGUUGAUCCCAAUCGGUCUGCUGGCUUUCCAGUCCGCCGGUGGAAUGACCUGCAGUCGUGCACUGGGCUACAAUGAAAUCCCGACCGUGGUUUUGACAAGUGUUUACUUUGAUAUUGCAUCGGAUCCGAAGAUCACCGAUAAGCCGAAUACGAACGUUAAGCGCAACCGUCGUAUCGGUGGUGUUGUGUGUCUGCUGGUCGGUGCUAUCGUCGGUGGGUGGCUGAGUCGUAGCAGUGGUGGUAUGCAGUCUGCCCUGUGGAUGGCUGCUGGUUUGAAGUUUGUUGCUGCCAUUGCGUGGUUGUUCUGGAAGGCUGCGCCGGCGAAAUAG